AUUCAUCGAAACUUUGUUAUCUUUAUGGUCAUCAAAUGAUAGAACAACAAAAAGUGUGUAAAUAAUGCCAAGAAGGCAAAGCUCAAGUGGUAAUUUAAGUAAUUUAAGUGAAAAUCCCAGAAAGAAAAUGAAUAAGGAGCUGACAAGUAACAAAAACCCAAAUCCCCACUUUUCGUGUCCCGUUUGCUUUGAAUUAAUAAAUGAGGCGACAAUAACACGUUGUGGGCAUACGUAUUGUAGUAAAUGCAUUCAAAAAUCCAUUGAAAUAAAUAAAAAGUGUCCAAAAUGCAAUCAAUCACUUACAAGUGAUCAAACCUUUCCAAACUUUCUUCUGAACGAGCUAAUUAACAAAUACACAUUGGAACAACAAGAGAAGAAAAAACUAUUCUCAACAUCACAAAGUGUAGAUGAGAAUGAUCCUGCUGAUAAUUUGAAAACAUUUUUAGCUUCGGAAUCUGACAAAUUGUCUUUGGACAACGUCAACUCUAUUCUGGAAGUUCUCACUCAAAGAAAGGUUCUACUAGAAGCUGAAUCAAUCACAGCACAAAAUAAAUUACUUCAUGAAUUCCUUGAACAUUUAUUGAAGCAGACUGAGUUACAGCAGAAAGAGUUGGAUAAAAAAGUGCGUCUAAUUAAAGGUGACAUGAAGGUUGUUGAAGGUAUUUUGAAGAGUGUUCAAAGUACCUGUCCAAAGAUUGAGGAUGUUGAUAAGCAUUUCGAAAAAGAGCCUGGACAUUCUUCAGAAGCUACAAAAAAUGAAACUGGUCAAUUGAAUGCUAUUCGUGAUGAAAUGAAGCAAUUAAUCUCAGACAUUGGUUCAUCCUUGCCUGAAAGCAAUGCAACGUCCAGCAAUCCCACGACGUCAUCCAUCACUCAAUCGACGACUUAUAAAUUAAGAAAGCAGAAGAUGUUUCAUCAUUUUGAUGACUUUGUCAAAUGUUAUUAUUUAAAUCGUAAUGAGGAUUUACAUUUUCAAAGUUCGAGUGAUUUACCUGAACAAGAACUCAUGAUUACUGACACCAACGAAACAACAACCAACAUUCAAACACCAUCAACAGAGACACCAAAAACAUGUAAAUCUCUUGAAACUUUCCGAGAAAACCUCGUUAAAUUCAGUCGGUACAAUCAACUUCGAACGUUGUCAACACUAAAUUACUCGAAUGAUAAUAAUGUAACGAGUUCAGUUAUUGUGAGUUCAAUUGAGUUUGAUAAAGACAAUGAAUACUUUGCAAUUGCUGGAGUCACAAAAAAGAUAAAGAUUUUCGAUUAUUAUGCAUGUGUAAGAGAUGCUGUCGUUGAUAUUCGAUAUCCAAUCAACGAGAUGCAAUGUACAAGUAAAAUAUCGUGUGUAGCAUGGAAUAGUUUUUAUAAAGAGUUGUUGGCAUCAUCAGAUUAUGAAGGAAUUGUAACAGUCUACGAUGUUGAAACGCGAGUACGUAAACGAACUUUUCAAGAGCAUGACAAGCGUUGUUGGUCGGUUGAUUUUAAUGAGAUUGAUACAAAACUUCUCGCUUCUGGUUCUGAUGAUGCAAGAGUCAAAUUAUGGUCAAUUGAUUGUGAAAAUUCAGUAGCAACGUUGGAAAUUAAAACAGCAAACAUUUGUUGUGUCAAAUUCAAUCCAAAAUCAUCUUGUCAUCUUGCAUUUGGAAGUGCUGAUCAUUGUGUUCAUUAUUAUGAUUUAAGAAGCUUGAAAGAACCAUUGUGUAUCUUCAAAGGUCAUAAAAAAGCGGUUUCUUAUGUAAAGUUUCUCAACACCCAUGAAAUCAUUUCUGCUGGAACUGAUGGUCAACUGAAACUUUGGGAAAUAAAUAAACCACCGUUUUGUGUAAGGUCUUUUGUCGGAGGGCAUGUUAACGAGAAAAACUUUGUUGGAUUAGCAACAAAUGGAGAUUACAUUGCUUGUGGAAGUGAAGAUAAUUCAUUGUGUGUUUAUUAUAAGGGACUCUCAAAACAAUUAUUCAAUUUGAAGUUUGAUCUUCAGCAACCGCGUUACAGUGGAUAUGAUAUUGAUAAUAAAAUAUCAUCGUCAGACAAUGAAUUCGUGUCUGCUGUAUGUUGGAAGAAGUCAUUGAAUCAACCAUCGAAUACAAUCAUUGCCGGGAAUAGCCGCGGUAUUAUAAAAAUUUUAGAGCUCGUUUAAUUUCUUUUGUAAGCUUUAAAAAUUCUCAAAACUUUUGAUGAUAGAAACAAAACAAAAAAAUAUUAAAUAGUAGACUGCUUCAAAAAAUAUUUAGAAAUUAACUAACGUGUUUCAACGAUAUUUUAAUCUUCGCUCAAAUACAUAAAUAACUUAAGAGAGAAAGAAACAGCAUUAAUUGUCUAGAGAAAUUAAAAGCGAUGGAAUCAAAUGAGUUUUCCAUGUCGAUAAAUUGUUAGAAAACAAUUAUAAUUGAAUUGCGUACAUUUAAUGAGACACUCUUGGGGCGGGGGAAGAUGAUGAUGGGUUGAAGAGAUGAAAAAUUGUCAUUAAACUUCUUCUGCCUUUCAAGUAUUUUCCUUCCACUCAAAGAUAUUUGUACCCUUUAUUGACUGAUUAAAAAGUUAUGUUAACAAAACAGAAGAAGAAAAAAAGGUUUUUCUUCUCGUCCGAAAAUAUGAAAAGGGACAGAAAAAGGAAAACAUAAAAAUAAUCUAUUUUCUAGAAAUAUUUUUCCUUGUGAAUCGUUUAUAAAAGCAAAUGAAAAUAUUAUUUUUUUUGUGCUGUUAAUGAAAUCAAAUGAAUAUUUUUAAUGAAACUUUAAGAUGGAUGAUAAGAAAUAAUUUUACUGAGAGCUUUCAUUAGUAGGAAUGUUUGUUGAAAACUUGCGCAAUGUGAAACAGCUCAUAAAGAAAUCUUCACAAGAAAAUAAUAAGAUUGUCAAUCAAAAUCGCUUUGUAAGGAGAAAGGAGGAAAGAAAAAACUUCUGUUAAACAUUAUUGAUUUUUUUUAUACACCUAAGGUUCUCAACAUUUUCUAUGAAAUGACAGACAAUUUUGGGAACCUUAGGUAUAGAAAAAAUAAAAAAAUUAAAACUUUACAGUCAAGUAAACAAUCGACCCAGGUUCUACACUUGACUUGACUGUAUCCUUAAUGGAUGUGGCCUUGGUGCGUCAUGACUAAGUCCUGGUUGAGUCUUGGCUGUGUCUACACUUGAGCAAUGAUAGCAGUGAAGACACAUUUUUCCUAUAAUUUCAAUCCUUUCCUUCUUGCAAGAGAAAUAAAAAGCGUGAAAAUAUGAUAAGAACAUACAAGUUACAAUAAAUCCUCGUAUUUUUUUGGAAAGAAUUAUGAAACAUCCUUAUGAAUUUUCUUAUGUAAUUUAAACGUUAAAUAAAUCGAAUUAAACAAUUAUUUUAUUCUCUACACGU